AUGUCUAUCCAUCCCAGAUCUACUUUUAUCCUCAUAACACUUCUCGUUAUCAUCAGCAUCACACUUCAAAUCACAACUGCUGAACUUCCAAAAGAUUUUGGUAAAUCUCAUACCAGCAAUAGGCCCACUCUUCCAUUUGGUACCAUGUUAAAAGACAAAGAUUCAUCUGCUAGUCCAACUCCAACUCUAACAUCAUCAUCAUCAUUACAACCUUCAAACAUUGAACAUCAAGGAAACAUCAUAUCUACAAUGACCAUGCGUGUUACGACUGUUUAUCAUUCUACAGCACAUCCCUCUAACUCCACGGCUAAACCUUCUUCGGUUAGUGAUAGUGGUGUGAUGAUGAUUGGCGAAACUUUAAAUCUUGAAUUUUUAGGAAUUGUGGUUGGCGUUUGGUUGUGUAAUUAUCUUUUUGGAUUCACGAAUGUUUUGUUUGGUUAA